CUUAGUAAUUCAAUUCUUAUACUUCAGGUAAACGAGAUGUUUAUGAGUUGUUACAUCUACCGAGUAUCUGAACAAGAGUAAAAUACAAAAUGGCGGCUCCGCCGGCAAAAAAUACGCCGAAAGAUGUCCAAGUUAUGCAAGCUGUUCUAAAGGAUAUCGGGGUGUCAGACUACGAACCAAGAGUUGUAAACCAAAUGCUUGAGUUCGCCUAUCGAUAUGUGACAGAUGUUUUAGAUGAUGCGAAAGUGUAUGCGGGACAUUCUGGCAAGAAGACUAUUGACGGAGAUGACGUGAGGUUGGCUGUACAGUGCAAGAUGGACCAUUCAUUCACUUCACCUCCUCCAAGAGAUCUCCUGAUGGAAGUUGCUCGUCACAAGAACAGCCAAUCACUGCCCCUCAUCAAAAAGUACACAGGUCCUCGCCUACCACCAGACAGAUACUGCCUCUCAUCAACCAAUUAUAGGAUGAAGUCGAAGAAGCCUCGUCUUCAUAUUACACCCGGUGGUUUGACAUCGCUAGGGGGUGGCUCAAGGACACCUCAAGGGUUGGUGCAGACUCUCACUCCUGGUUCCAGAAUCCAGGGCAAGCCACGCUUGACGACAAAUCUGUCAACUGGUCAGCUAUCCUUGGUGACUAUGGGUGUGACAAGACCUACUGUCACAGUCGUCUCAAAACCAUCUACUCCAAUUGCUACAACCGUCACGAUACCUAAGCCCUCAUUUCAAAUAAGUGCUGGUCCAAGCAGCAUAUUAUCAAAUAUGAAGAGGAAACGAGAAGAAAAUGAUGAUUAUGACAAGCCUUGAAUGUUGAAAGAACGAAAUCAUGGACUGCCUUUUGAAAUCAUUGUAAAUGCACUUAGGGACUUCUUUGUUCAGGAGAACACUAAAGAAAAUGGACCAUUCAGUGCUAACUUAUCAUGCUUAUGAAGAGGAUACAUGUAUGCCAUCCACAAUGGAUACAGCUUACAUCAGCUGAGUCUGUUUAGAAACGGAAUUCUAAUGGGUGUCCAGAGGUGUUGUAUUGGACUUUCUCGCGAGAAGACGAUUUAUUUAUGUACAUAACUGAGUAAAUUAACUUUUCAAUGCCGUUUCAAUAAUCAUCUGAUGGCGGACAUCUUUGUCACUUCUGUGGUGUAGUUGUUUUAACAGCUAGACGAGGGAAUACCAUCUGAAUAUGAAUCAACUCAGUUUUAUAUGCAAAGAAAUCAAGGACGAGCUUAUAUCCAGAGCGGUUAGUUAUACUUGUUUGAUAUGCUACACAUCAAACUUAUAUUGACCUGAAAUUACCUGAAUGUGUGAUUGUCCCCAGCUUAUUUGUCAAUAUCUUGAUGUCAGUUUGUCAGUGUAACAAUGGUAAAAACAAUAAAUUAAUUAU